CAGAAAAAAAAAUGAGGGGAUGCAGGAAGUAGACGAAGAAGAAGCACCACCGCGACCACCACAACCACAACAUCAAGAGCUCGACAUGGCUGCUGACAGUGAUCCCGAGUCCGAAGUGUUUGAGAUCACCGAUUUCACCACCGCGUCAGAGUGGGAACGGUUUGUGUCUAGGGUUGAGGAAUUACUGAACGACUGGAAGCUGAUUGGAAACUCUGCAGGAAGUUCAACUCCAGAGAAGGGUGAAUACACCACUGGCACCUGGGGGGAGAAGUCUAUGGAGAUUCAUUUUGCGGACUUUAAGUUCUAUGUAACUCAUUACUUCCUGAAACAAGAAUGUGAGAAGGACAAUGGGAAGGACAAGCCUGAGGAAGAUACCUUCCCCUUGGCAAUGCAGGACCUUCUGUGUAUGAACAAUGACUUUCCUCCUCGAGCCCACUGCCUGGUCAGAUGGUAUGGCAUACGAGAGUUUGUGGUCAUUACCCCAGGAACCAACUGUGAGGCCAUCAUCAGCGAAUCGAAAUGCAAUCUGCUCCUCAGCUCUAUCUCCAUUGCUCUGACCAACAGUGGCUGCCAGGUGCCCAUGUUUGUGCAGAUCCAGCAGAAGUGGAGGCGGGUGUACGCUGGAGAGUGCCAGGGCCCAGGGGUGCGUACUGACUUUGAGAUGGUCCACCUCCGCAAGGUGCCAAGCCAGUACAACCACCUGUCUGGCCUGCUCGACAUCUUCAAAUCUAAGAUAGGUUGUACCCUGUCCCCUCUACCUCCAAUCAACAUUGCCAUCCGUUUCACGUACAUUCUCCAGGACUGGCAGCAGCAUUCAUGGCCACAGCAGCCUCCAGACUUUGACACACUCCUUGGAGGUGAGGUGGGAGGAGUGGAGUUUGGGAAGCUUCCAUUUGGAGCCUGUGAGGAGCCAAUCAGUGAGCUUCAUCUUGCAACCACUUGGCCUCAGCUGACGGAAGGCAUAGUUGUGGAUAAUGAUGUCUACAGUGACCUGGACCCUCUCCAAGCUCCCCACUGGUCAGUCCGAGUCAGGACAGCUGAAAACCCUCAGUGUUUACUGGGGGACAUUCUGACAGAGUUCUAUAAGCUGUGUUGUAGGAAGGAGACUACAGAAGAGAUUCUGGGAAGAGGAUUGGCUGCAGAGGAGGGCAAAGAAAAUAGUGACAUCAGCUCUGCUUUAUCGAAGCUGACGGAGCCAGCAACAGCAGUGCCAAUCUCCAAACUGUCUGUCUCCAGUAUGGUGCACAGUGCUCGAAAGCACAUCCGACGCCACCAGCGCAUUGAUGAGUGCCCACUCAACACUGAUAUUCUCAAUUCCAUCCUUCUCUAUCUCUUCCCAGAUGCUGCUGUGGAGAAGUCAUCGGAGAACAGCAAGAAUAAAAGUGCACAGUCAGAAGCCAGUGGGAAAUCCAAGCAAGACAAAAACUCUGACGAUAACCUUUUCCUCCAGUUGAAGUCGGCACCCACUGACAGUCUGACAUACCGGCUGGCACUGUGUGCAUGUCUAGUCAACUACAACCAUGGCGGGCUGCGUGCUGUUGCUCACCUCUGGCAGGAGUUUGUCCUAGAGUUGCGCUAUCGCUGGGAAAACAACUACCUCAUCUAUGGACUGGUUAGUGGACCUCCGGAUCUUCGCUGUUGUCUUCUGCAUCAGAAGCUCCAGAUGCUGAACUGCUGCAUUGAGAGGAAGAGGGCCAGAGAUGAAGCUCGCAAGGUGCUGGAAAGCAAAGAGAGAGAAGGUAGGGUGUCCGGUGGCUGCCAGAAUGACCGCCCUGUAUCAGAGUCUGCAACAGCAACAAGGGAGAUGUCGCCGGGAAAAUCCUGGGACUCAUGGAGCGACAGUGAAGAUGAGUUCUUUGAGUGCCUCAGUGACCAGGGGGAGAUAGAGGCUCCGCAUCCUGAGGCAGAUAAGGAUAGCAGUAAAAGUAAAGCAGAGGGUCGGCUACACCCCUGUAACAACAUGACUCUACUCAACUCUACAGAGCCUCUCUACGUUCCUAUCACACAGGAGCCUGCUCCCAUGACAGAGGAUCUGUUAGAGGAGCAGUCAGAAGUACUGGCCAAACUAGGCACAUCAGCUGAAGGUACCCACCUUCGUGCCAGGAUGCAGAGCGCCUGUCUGCUCUCCGACAUGGAGUCCUUCAAGGCAGCCAACCCAGGUUGUGUUCUGGAGGACUUUGUGCGCUGGUACUCACCUAGAGAUUACGUGGAAGAGGAGAUGGUUGAUGAGAAGGGUAACAAGGUGGUGAAAGGUGAGCUUAGUGCCAGGAUGAAGAUCCCAGGCAACAUGUGGGUGGAGGCUUGGGAGGCAGCCAGAGUAACACCUGCACGCCGCCAGAGAAGACUUUUUGACGACACUAAGGAGGCCGAAAAGGUUCUGCACUAUUUGACAUUGCAGAAACCUGCAGAUCUGACCUGCCAUCUCCUGCCCUGUAUACUCCAUGCUGCUGUUCUGAAGUUAAAGGAGGAAGAGUCGGUAGAAGACAUUCCAUCAGUCAGAAAAAACAUUCAGCAAGCUGCAAGUCAAGCCAGCAAGCUGCUGCACCCCAUCAACCAUGACUACAAGAAGUUAGAGGAUUUCAUUAACCAGCUGAUGGCUAUGGAGACAGUCAUCACCCGAGGUCGCUCGCUCAAGGCCAAGUUUGCAAUUUGUGAGGGUGGUAAGGGAGAGGAUACAGAGGAGCUAGAGAAGUUUGUCAGCUCCCUGCUCGAAGAACCAGAGGUGGUGGUGGUUGGAGCUGGCCAGGGGCCAGCUGGUGGCAUCAUCCAUAGGCUGUUUGUCAAUGCUCAGAGGCUGGCUGACUUCACCAGUGACGAGGCUGCUCUCCUGGCACCACUGGAUGAAGACAUGGGGCAUGACAGAAAGACGACUGGAGGAAGCAAUAAAGUGCCUGACUUCCCUCCUCCUGCAGGCAGAGAAAUUGUGUUGCGUACAUGUGUUCCUCGGCCAGCACCAUACUCCAGAGCUCUGCCUCAGCGGCUAUUCUGUGUGUUGAUGAGGGAGGAGUUCAGGCUGGCAGGGGCCUUCUCUUCAGACACUAAUUUCUUCUAAGACCAAAAACCUAUCACAUAAUAUUUGAUCUGAAAACAUGUUCCAUUUGCUCACCCCCUUGAAACCAGAACUUGAAGAGCAGUGAAAGACGGAGAGUGGCACAUUAAAAAAAUGAUUCUCUGUUGGUC